CAUCGAAAAGUUUGUCUAAUUAAAACAGAUCAAGUUUGAUUAAAUUUAAGCAAGUUGUUGGGCAAGUCGCGAAAUGUCAUCUGACUUUCGGAAAAGUAUAAAAACGUAGCGGAAUUGAGGCUUUCAUUAGUUGUUUCGCAGUCUGCUAACUAACAAAUAAAUAUCCUUUCAACAUGAAAUUCGUGAUUGUAUUUGCUUGCUUUUUGGCUCUUGCCUUCGCCGAUGUUCCGGUAACAGUCCAGGAAUACAACGAAGUGAACCCAGACAGCUUCAAAUACCAAUGGGCAACUGCUGAAGGUACCAAUGUCCAACAGGAUGGUGUUCUGAAGGACCCUCACACCAUUCUUGUUAAGGGAUCAUAUGAAUACGUUUCGAAGGAAGGGAAACCCAUCAAGGUCACCUACACCGCUGAUGAGAACGGCUACAAGCCCGUCGUUGUUCAACAGUAGAUAUGACUAAACAAGAAUGUAAAUCAAAUA